UAUUCCAUAACCGAGUCAUAGUUGCUUCUGUGCGAAAUACUAAUCACUCCAAUUCUGGCAUUGAGGCCCCCCUGGAUUGAUUGCACUUGUGAGCGAGUGUGAGUGAGUGAGUGAGUGGAUGGCAUCUCAAUAUUGUCACUAAGACGAACGAACUGCCGACCGAGUUUCCAGUCCCACACACAUCAGGUACAACCAUCUGAAUCCCAGGCCGUCAUGAGCCUCCGAUUAGUUUGGGCUCGCUCGGGCCAGUCCUCAUCAGCCCAUCGACCCGACAUGAUUUGGCGCCAAAUCAUGGACUACCAAUCCGGCGGGCGGGGGUCCUCCACUCGGGCCCAAUCUACCUUGUCACGUCACACCCAGUACCAGCCCUCGGGUGCACCCGUGGCUCACGCCCUGGUCAUGGAGAACACGCCCCCCAUGAUGGCUCUGAUGUCCGAGCUUGCCCGCCAAUUUCAGGUCUGGAUGGGUUCUCGACCGCCCAAAGGCUUCGAGAAGUUCUUCAAGGACGGCAAAGGCGGGAGCGCCAAGCCCGACUCGCCCGACUCGCCACAAACUGCCUCCGAAAGCUCACCGGGAUCGGAAGAAAAAGCCACCCAAUCCAAGUCCCCAGGUCCAUCCAAGGGCCAGUCCACGGGUAAAGACUCGUCCCCGGACAUCUGGAACGCCUUCAAGUCUCAAAAAGGGGGCGGUCGAGGCUCGGCGGGCGGCUCCGGUGGUCCGAAUUCUAACCCCUGGGGUGACCCCCAACAGAUGCGGAAUUUGGCCCUUUUUUCGGCCUUAGUGGGCCUGGGUACCUUUUUCUACGUGGGCGCGUUGAAUCCGGGCACGGAGAUCACGUGGAAGGAGUUCAUGACCAAGUACUUGUCGCGCAACAACGUCAACCGUUUGGUGGUGGUCAACAACAAGCAGGUCCAGGUAGAGACCAAAUCCGGCGAGCGCUUCUGGUUCUCCAUUGGCAGUGUGGAUACGUUCGAACGGAACCUGGAGAACGCUCAGUUGGACCUGCAAAUGGACCCGUCUCAAUUCGUGCCGGUCACGUACACCACGGCCGUCGAGGCCAGUCAAGUGGUAGGGGCCUUGCCCUCGCUUCUGCUCCUAGGUGGACUCGUCUAUUUCCUCAUGAAAGGCCGGUCCAUGAUGGGCAUGGGCGGGGCUCGUGGUCCUGGAGGCGGCCCUGGAGGCAUGUUUGGUGGAAUGAGUCAAUCCACUGCCAAAUUGAUUGAUGCCAGUGAAAUCAAGGUGGCUUUCAACGACGUGGCUGGAUGCGAGGAGGCCAAGAUCGAGAUUAUGGAGUUCGUCAACUUCCUCAAGAACCCUCAGCAAUACCUUGACUUGGGCGCCAAGAUCCCCAAAGGCGCCAUCCUGACCGGUCCUCCUGGUACGGGCAAGACUUUGCUAGCCAAGGCCACGGCUGGCGAAGCCAAUGUGCCCUUUAUUUCCGUGUCUGGCUCAGAGUUUCUCGAGAUGUUUGUGGGCGUGGGUCCGGCUCGCGUGCGAGACAUGUUCACCAUGGCUCGGAAGCACGCCCCUUGCAUCCUCUUUAUUGACGAAAUCGACGCUGUUGGCCGAAAACGCGGUGGGCGAAACAUUGGCGGCCAAAGUGAAGCCGAGAACACCCUCAAUCAGCUCCUGGUCGAGAUGGAUGGCUUUAAUACGGGCACCACUAAUGUGAUUGUCCUAGCCGCCACGAAUCGCAUGGACAUUCUCGACCACGCUCUCCUCAGACCCGGACGGUUCGAUCGACAGAUCUACGUCCCGGCCCCAGACAUCAAGGGUCGAUCUUCCAUCUUUAAAGUGCAUCUAAGCACCCUGAAGACCGACCUGGAUAAGGCCGAUUUGUCGCGCAAGCUUGCGGCCUUAACACCGGGCUUUACAGGCGCAGAUGUGGCCAAUGUGUGCAAUGAGGCAGCCCUAAUCGCAGCCAGAGAGUUGAGCGCCUCGAUUGUCCACAAGCACUUCGAAGCCGCCAUUGAGCGUGUGGUGGCUGGUUUGGAGAAGAAAACCAACGUGCUGCAGCCCGAAGAGAAGCGCACCGUCGCCUACCACGAAGCUGGCCACGCCGUGGCCGGCUGGUUCUUAGAGCACGCUGACCCUUUGCUCAAGGUGUCCAUCAUUCCCAGGGGCAAGGGUCUCGGUUACGCCCAAUACUUACCCAAGGAGCAGUACCUCUAUAGUCGUGAGCAGCUUUACGACCGCAUGUGCAUGACCUUGGGUGGUCGGGCCGCCGAACAGAUCUUCUUUAGCCGCAUCACGACCGGAGCGCAGGAUGAUCUGCAGAAAGUGACCAAGUCUGCUUAUGCGCAGAUCACGCAAUACGGUAUGAACGAGGUCGUGGGCAAUGUGAGCUUUGAGCAGCCCCAACAAGGGGACAUGGUCUUUGAGAAGCCAUUCAGUGAGGCCACCGCCCAACUCAUCGAUCAGGAAGCCAACAAACAGAUCAGUGAGGCCAUGACGCGCACCAUAGAGCUGCUGGAAAAACACAAAGAGGAUGUGAUCAAAGUUGCAGAGCGCUUACUCACCCAAGAGGUACUAUCGCGUGAUGACAUGGUCGAACUCUUGGGUCCACGUCCCUUUGCCGAAAAACACACUUACGAAGAUUUUGUGAAAGGCACGGGUAGUUUUGAAGAAGACACAGCCUUGCCCGAAGGUCUCAAAGACUGGAAUGUGGACAAGAAAGCCCGGGAUGCCGAAGCAAAAGAGAAGGAGGAAGAUGAGAAGAAGAGUAAGAAGAAGAAAGCGGAAAAGAGUCAAUAAGCCGUGGCCUUGAAGAAAGCGUUAUUAUUAAUAUUAUGUUCGGCUUCAAAUACAUUCUAUGAAAGUGUCCAA